AUGUCCAUCGGAACCGGCCCCAAAGCCUGGAAAACAUCAGACGUCCAGCGCGACAACUCAUGGAUCCUGCGUCUCACACCAGAAGAAGUCUCAGGCUUCCGGCAGGCCCUCGCCUACGCAAAGACACACCCCAAGGACCUCCUCGACAUGACACAAGCCGACUACCCACUGCCAGAAGGUUCCAAAAACGCACUCUCGCGCGCAAUCGCAACCACCCUAGACCGCUGGGGCAUGUGCCUGGUGAAAGGCUUCCCCGUAGACGAGUGGACAGAGGCUGACAUGCGCGUUGCAUACUGGGGGAUGGGGCUGUACAUGGGCGUCGGACGCACCCAGAACCGCGCCAGCGAGGUGAUCAACGACGUGCGCGACGCGGGGGGCAGUUACAAGGUCAAGGGCGGGCGUGGAUACAACACAAACGCGGGGUUGGAUUUCCACCAGGACUCAGCGGAUGUGGUUGCGCUGUUGUGUCGACGCACUGCGAGGUCCGGGGGCACGUCAAAGGUCACGAGUAGCAUUGCGCUUCGUGAGCGUGUGGCGGAGCUCCGGCCGGAUCUGAUCCCUGUUCUGGAGUCGGAUGCCUGGUUCCAUAGUUAUCAGAAUGCGCAGGAUCCGGCGCAGCCGCCUUACUAUCGGUGUCCGCUUAUGGGGAGGUGUGGGGGGUGUUUCUGUGCGAGGACGAACCGCAAGAAUAUUGUUGCUGCGCAGCGGGAUUUUCCUGAGGGUGAGGUUCCGCGACUUACGGCGAUGCAGGUGGAGGCUCUGGAUUUGAUGGAUAGUAUCAUGCCGAGUGAUGAGUAUUGCUACUCUAUGGAGUUGGAGAGGGGUGAUAUGCAGUUGUUGAAUAGCUUUGUGACGUUGCAUUCGCGCACGCCGUUCGAGGAUUACGACGUCCCUGAUGAGAAGCGUCAUCUCAUGCGCCUGUGGCUCUCUAUCCCCAGCUCGCAGCCCUUGCCGGCUGAGUGGGCUGAGUAUUGGGGUGAUGUUAGGGCUGGGGCGGUUCGUGGUGGUGUUCGGGGAAGUGCCAUAACAGAGGCUUUCCUGAGAUACGAGAGACGGCAGGCUGAGACCAUGGGCAUGUCACUGAAGACAUUCAACAUGUGA